AUGACCGAAGACGAGGUUAAAAACGCAGAAGCUUCGAAUGGAGCGGCGCAGGAAGAAGAUGAGGAAGAUGACUACAUGAACAUGAUAAUAGCGGAGCCUAGCAAACCGCGCGAGAAAGAAACAUAUACACAACGACGACAUCGCAUCCAACGCGAAUCAGAAGCGCGAUCGCGCACGAAAUCGAAAGCUGAAGUAGCAGCGGAAGAAGCAGCAGCGAGGGAAGAUGCUUUAUCGAAAUCGAUGUUGGAGACUCCAGCGAGCGCAAAUAGUAAGGGGUUGAAGAUGAUGGCGAAGAUGGGGUUUAAACCCGGAGUGGCGCUGGGGGCGAAGGAUAAUGUGGGAGCGAGGUUGGAACCGGUGGUGGUGAGUGUUAAGGAGGGGAAGGGGGGGAUUGGGUUGGAGGAGGAGAGGAAGAGGAGGUUUAGGGAGGAGGUGGAGAGGGAGGGGAAGAGGGUGAAGGUUGAGGAGGGGGAGUAUAGGGAGAGGGUUAGGAGGGAGAGGGAGGAGGGGAGAUUAGAGGGGAUGGUGGGGGCGGCGAUGAGGGUUGCGGAGAGGAUGGAUGGGGAGAGAGAGGAGGAGAUGCUGGAGAAUGCGGUUGGUGAUGUUGGUGAGGGAACUGGGGAAACUCAAGAUGGCGUAAAACGCAAGAUUUCUACAAAGCCAUUGAAGCAGAUCAAUGUUUUAUGGAGAGGAUUAGUUCGACAGCGCGAAGAGAAGGAAAGAGAUAGGAGGAUGAGAUAUGAUCUCCAACAAAGUUUAUCACGUUUACCGACCUACGACGACGAAGACGAAGACAAGGAUGAUAAAAGAGCACUGGGAAAAGACAGGAUACAGCAUACUAUUGUGGAAGAUUUGGAGGAGGAAGACCCUGAGCUUGAUGCUUUUAAUUUACUGGAACCGGCCGAGAGAUUACAAAAGCUUGUCGAGCAUUUGAGGUCCGAGUAUAAUUAUUGCUUCUUCUGCAAAUACACUUAUCCCGACGAUUCAAUGGAUGGCUGCCCAGGUUUAACGGAGGAAGAUCAUGAUUGA